AAAAAUUUUGAAAAAACACCAAAACACAAACUAGACUUGAAAAUUAAAAAAAACAAAACAAAUGAAGCAAAUAGAAGCCAUAGCAGUACUGUCCGUCGAAUCGGACCGAGUCCAGCUCACAGUAAUAUCAAACCGGGACGGUAGCGAAGUGGUCACGUCGGCGGAAACGUUUCCGUUAAUAACCGCGGAACCGAAGAGCCGGAGAGUCGGGUGUAACGAUGACCCGAGUGCGGAUCAGUCGCAUUCGGCGGCUGUCGAGGCAGACGACCGGGCGAGCAGCUGUUCCGCGGCCGAGAAGCCGCCGACGGGUCCGGGCCACGUGGAACAAGACCCGGAAGUCGUGUGGGAAGCGGUGCUGCGGGUGAUGGCCGACGCGGUGGACAAGAUGAGCCGGGUCGGCGCGCCGGUCACAUACAUCAAAUCGGUGGCCGUCGUCAACGAGAUGGCCACGCUGGUGGCGUGGAACGCGGUCACCGGCAAGCCGGUGCACAACAUGGUCCACUGGUCGGACGUCCGGAUGGCCGACGGCGGGACGGCCGACCGCCGAGUGGCUGCUACAGCGGUCGACGGCCGUGAAGUGCAUCGCGGACAACUGCCGGUUCGGCACGCUGGACGCGUGGCUGACGUGGAAGCUGACGGCCGGCCACACGUACCAGACGGACGUGACGAACGCGUCGUACACAGGGCUGCUGGACAUGGCCACGCUGUGCUGGACCGACGCCGUCGGUCGCGCGGUCUGACGGCCGCCGCUUGGCCGGCGGUCCGGAAGCCGGGCAAGCGUCGGCCGCCGUCAUCGUGGUGGCCGGCUGUACGGGCUGUCCGUGCACGCGACGCGCCCGCCCAGCGCCGUGCUGUACGCGCAGGCGUGCUACCGCCGCGGGCAGGUGGCCGUCACGCUGACCGACCGGAUGGCGGUGGCCGUGGGCGCGACCGCGGUCCGCCGUGCCGGCAACCCGCCGGCGGCCCGAUGCCCGUGGUCGGCUGCGAGCGAACAUGGCCGACCGAAGCGUCCGAGAAUCGUUUACGGGCUGAUGGCGGUGUCCAGGGCCAGCGUGGCCGUGUGGCUGAGGAACAUGGGCCUGGUCAGUCGUGGGACGAUUGCGUGACCGCCUACGCCGCGAGCGGCGCGCCCGUCGACCCCGGGACGUACGCGGUGCCGGCGUUCGGCGGCCUGCCGUCGGCGCCGUACGUCCGGCCGGACGCGCGUCCGGUGGUGUGCGGCUUCGGGGACCGCACCGGGCGCGCGCACCUGAUCGCCGCGGCCGUCGACUCGAUCUGCCACAGCACCGUGGACAUCGUCCGGUGCGUGGUCGCCGGUUCGACGUCGAAAAUCGCGGAACCCUGUAUCAAGGGGAAAUAUGCUAGUCAUAGAGUCGAAGAAAAAAGAGGGAUGUCGUGA